AUGGGCAUAGAUCUGCUUGAUAAAUACUACUUCAGUGCUACUCUCCUGUCCAGGUGUCCAUACGGUGAUCUUUAUGUUGCAAAUUCUAGACGUACACGUCUAAACGUUAUUGCACGCGUAAUCCACCUUGAAUUUAUAGAAUCAACGGUUAUGAAGCAGCUAAAAGAUGCAUAUGAGCAAACAAAGCGCAUCGACCACGCUAAUAUAUUUUUAUACACGGCUUUCUAUCUGGACGAGAAUACCAUCAUUCUCGAGGCCGAUACCGAUCAACAGACGGUUGUAGACGAUCUGGCCAUAAGAAAGGACCUGGGAACAUCGUACACCACUGACGAGCUGUUUUACUUUGCGUAUCAGAUUGCCGAUGCCCUUUACCAUAUACAUUGCAAGAGCGUCUACGAGGGCCUUCUGUUUUCUGUCAGAGCUGAUAGCGUUGUCAUAAAGGGAAGCCCUGUGAACCUUAUGGACAUGAAGGCUAAGUUGAGUAUAUUCACGGCCAAGUGGCCAGCCCAAAAUCAACCUACCACGGCAAGGUUUGAGACUCGCCUAGCGGUGUCCGAUAUCUUUGAGUUCUCAAAGAUGUCUUUUGAGCAGCAUGCCCUUUACAACAUUACCAUGCUUGGGCAUCUACUCCUGGAGAUGGCCCUUAUGAGGCCUCUGGAAAAGGGAACUGCGAACUCAGUAUGUGCAGAAAAUGAAGACUUAAUUAUUAGCACCCACAACACUACCCUUUUAGACCUAAUACGAUUCUGCCUAAAUUCCACCCAAUCUCGGCGGACCAUCAUAAUUGACAUCAAAGACCUUGCAGCAUUUGGUCUGGGAUUACGGUAUGCAGAUCAGGAAUUCCGUUUCUAUAGCUCUCGAGAGAAGGCGUCUACCGUUGACAAGCUAAUAAAGCAGCUCCAGGCGGAGAAGAAGUUUCUCAGCUCAAUUAGAGCGCGGGAUAUUAUCAUGCAAGCACUCAGAAUGGCCACGAUGGCAUAUGACAAGGGCUUGGGGCUCAAUUAUUACGCAGAGGAUGUCAGCAUAGUUAAGGACACUAUUACCAUAUACCCUGAUGCAAGUGUAGACGGGCACAUAUAUGAUCUCCUGAGGGACAUGGCGAAGGUGAUCGAGCCAGGAUUCUUCGCCCAAGAGUUGAGCAGGCUUACUAAUGUGAAGGUGGUUCCAUCUCUGCACGAUGCUGUAGCAACACUGGAGCCCUUGCUAGCCAAGAUAGGAACUAACCAAAUGGUCAAGCUUACUGCAAUGGAGCUAGUUCUGAGCGAGCUAGCCAGCAAGAUCCCGGAAGAUAGCAACAGCUUUACCAUCCUGUAUGCUCAGCUGUCCGACCAAGGUUUUAGCAUCGCCGAAGCAAACAACAUUAUCUCGAUGCUUCCCCAACUUGUCCACAGACCAAUUCUUCUAUCUGUCUUUAUGCGAUGCUGCAUUGAAAAGUCGAUCUCCCUAAAGGUGCCCUUUCGCCUCGGCAAUGUUCAGCCAACCAUGUCCAAGUUGAUGACGGCGUUGUUAAAGGGCGGCCAUGGCGUAACAUCCUUGAAAGAUUACUUGUGCGAUCUUGGGCAGCAAUGUCUCGCUCCGAUCUGCUUGCUAGAUCGCAAUAGUUGCAAACUGUUUUGCACUCACCUUACUGCACUUAUGGUGGCAGCAUGGUAUAACAAGCUGGGAGCUAUACGCCUGUUAUUAGCAGAGCUAGGGUACUGCACAGACAACCAGAUGACUGCGCUUAUGUUUGCUUCUGUUGCUGGAAGUACUGAGUCGGUCCCCUUUUUGACAAUGGAAGCCCAACACAGGAAUUCGCUUGGUCAAACAGCUCUGAUGCUUGCUGCCAUACGUGGUCAUAUGAACGUGGCCAAAAUACUAGCGCCCCUAGAGGCCGGGAUACAGGACUGCCGGGGAAGAACUGCCCUCAUGUAUGCAGUGCAGCAGGACAAUCCAAAGAUGGUGCAGCUCUUGUUAGAGUAUGAAAGUGGAUACCAAGACAGUGAUGGCAAUACAGCUCUGAUGUAUGCGAUUUAUCGCAACUCCCUAAUAUAUACAGAGCUUCUAUUUCGUUACGAAUCAGCAAAACAAACAAAAGAUAACAUGACCGCACUUCUGUUCGCCAUUAGAGGCAACAAGCCCGACCUAAUACAGCUACUACUUCCCAUGGAGGUAUCUCUAACCACGACGACUGGAGAAACGGUCUUAAUGUAUGCAGCUCAAGCUGGGAACGAGCAACUUGUUCGUCAGUUGAUAAACCUAUAUCCUAAACUUGCGCUGAACCGACAGGAUGGCACAGGAUGGACUGCUCUAAUGAGGGCAGCCCAGAUGGGCUAUGAGAAUAUUGUAAAACUGCUUCUACCACAUGAGGGUGGUCGACAAACCAACGAUGGCACCACAGCACUUAUGAUUGCCACCAAAAACCAUAGUAACAACAUAGUUCUUGUCCUUCGAAAAGAGGAACGGAGGCUUACAGACAAAAAUGGAGAUACAGCACUAAUACAUGCCGCUAGAAACGGAAACAUAAAUGCCAUUCGCUUGCUAAAGAGUUACGAGGCUGGUCUUCUGAACAAUGACGGGUACACUGCUCUGAUGGUAGCAGUCAAACAGGGGUAUGUUGAUCUUGCAGAUGAAUUGUUCUUACCGGAAUAUAAAGUACGUGCAUACUCUGGCCUGAGUGCUCUUGGUGUAGCGCAUGCAACAAGGAAUCGCGCCAUAUUAGAACUAUUUGCCAAGAAGAUGGAAGAGCAUUGUUCUUUAAACCCAAAGCACAACCAGGAGAUGGAGCUAACUUGGUCACCAAUUCACUAUGCUACCCCCUUCACAGCCGUGAAUACAGAGCCGCAAUGA